AUCAUUUGACGAAUAUUUAAUUUAUUGUUGUUGGCUGGCUCUGCAUUGCUAAUGCCUCUUCUCCAGUGUUGUUGUAAAGCCUAUAAAAUUGUGUGCGACUUUGUUCAGCGAAUCAAUUGCAAUCGAAGUGUCGACGAUGAAACAAUAUUUGUUAUUAUUAUUGGCGUUUGUGUGUCUCUACGCCGGCAGCGAAGCGACGUCACCACCGGUCUGUGGCUACAAAGCACUCAAUGGGGAAAUGGUGUUUUUGCACUACUUCCCCGCUGUAAAGGAGGGCCAGGAUCACAUCGAUUACGGUGAUGGAACGGAUGGCGUGUGCUUGCAAAGAGCAGUGUGCCAGGAGGACUACUCGACGAAAGUGGAGUCCUGUAAUGACUACAAAGUGGAUUGCAAUAACGGUGGAACCGAUAAAACUACAUUCCCCGCCUGCUGUGUGAAGUGUUAAUUGACUGGACAGGGUGCCUUACUAAAAAUAUGCAGAUUGUCAAAAAUUAUACAUCAAAUAAUAAAAUGAAAUUUAUAAAUUUUA